AUGUUAUGGAUCUCUUGGACAUCGAUUCUGCCGCUACUCACCCUCAUUUGUCUGCUCAUCGCCUGGCUCAUCGAGCGUAAGAGCGCCUUCGUGCAUGUCACCGUUGCGACCUGCUGCAUCCUCAUCUACGUCGCCGCCUAUAUCGACCAGAACGACAUCUCGGUCGAUAACAUAUACAUGAAAGCCGCCUCUCACAUCGACUUCGACCACUUGGACCGCCUCUGCGAGGAGAAUGCCACAAUGGUGCUCUUCAGCGUCGCAGCACUAUGGCUGCUUCGAAGGGCCUCCCAGACGCUGUGGAAGCCUGUUCCCGAACUGAUUAACAUCCUUGGCGUCGACGUCCCCGACGCGCCCGAUGUCGUGCUCUCCGGUAUUGGUCUCGACAAGGCAACUGUGAGCUGGGCGAGACCGCACCCCAGCAAGCCGGUGCACAAGUUCCUUAUCCAGGUGAACGGCGUAGUCGUGGGCGAGUCUCCAGCAAACCAAGAAACAGCCAUUACUGUGACCGGCCUUAAGCCAAAUCAUUUCUACAACGUACGGGUCAUCGCCGUUGGAUCCAACAGCUUUCAAGCUGGCAGCCAAGUCGUCCGCCUCCAAACUUUCGACCCUAGUGGACGACCGCGCCUAGGAAACUCCCGCUUACCCCCGAAUUUUGAACCCGAGGAGCCACCUUCCACAACACAGGGCGAGAAUGGCGACGAGAAUGGUGCACCGAGAAGUCCUCUACCGGCGAUUGAAUCCGCGACAAUUCCUGACGGUGGCUCGGCAUUGACGAGAGAGCCUAGCACAGCUGGGUCGGUACCAAGGCGGAACACAGUUGGUCGGAGAGCAUCCCCGUCGGUGAGCAGUAUAGAGCAGAGGCCUAUUCGCAAGGACAGUACCUCCGAGGCCGAGGUUAGAGAGCUUGGACAGAGGUUCAGCAACAUCAAGGCUGAAAUCGAGGAUACUAUAGCCGUCAUUACGAAGGAGGAGGACGACAGCAAGAAGUUGUUGGACGAACUGGAGCAGGAGAAACAGCAGAAAAAGGCAGAGCAGAAGAAGAAAGAAGAGCAGACAGAGAAGCUCAAGAAGGAGAUGGGCACGACCGAAAGGGCGAUGCGGUCGACCGUGCAGCGGAGGACGCAACUGGAGAAGGAACUCAAGACAAAGCAAGCUGAGCGCUCUCGAUAUUUCGAUAACAUUGCCAAGAUGGAGAGGCAAAUCCAGGAGUGGCGCAAGGAGAAGGAGAGUUUCGAGGAACAGAAGAAAACAGUCGAAGAGGAGGCAAAGUCGAAAAUGGCAGAAGUCCGUGAGUGCAACGAGAAGUUGCAGGCAGAGUGCUCGCAGUUGGAAGCGGACUUGAAGUUCAAGAGAGAUCAAGUGAAGUUGCUGGAGGACGACAGGAAGAAGCUACCAGGCGGCGAGGAUGAUGAGGAGUGGCGCCAAAAUAACCUCGAGAAGAGACGCGAGUGGCAGCGCAGGGAGCGCGAAUGGAAUUUGAAGCUUUUUCACGAGACCAAGCGGGCCAAGGAGCUCGAUGAUAGUCUCAAUUCGAUCCACGCUCAGCUUCAACAGAUUCCACAAGCCGCUUUCGCCCUCUACAACCAAGCCAACACCACUGGCGCCGAGUUCGAUACUUCUUCGCAGGCCCAGGUGAAGCGCCGAAGCCAUCACAGCAGCUCGCUCUCGAAUGUGGUCAUGUCGCCUGCACCUCCCUUCGCCUCGCUGGACACGCUUCCACAGCCGCCCGGGUACAGUAACACUCGCCCGCCACCCGGCUUUGCUGCCGCGCCAUUUCUCGACUUGUCUAUGGACAUGGACGACAUGGACGAGGACGAGAUCAGGGCGCUGACGGCUGGUGCGCCCUUGAGCCCCUCGGCAGCGGCCCUACUGCCUAGUAAUAUCUUCACGGAUGACGAGCAUUCUGGAGAUGAGGCACCAGCCAGCCCGACCUCUCACCGCGAGCCUGCCAGUCCGUUCGCGCCUUUGCAGACGGCAUCUCCUGAGCAUGAUCCUCAGUCGCCUCAAUCGGCUCGUUCGGGCAGCAUUUUUUCCAGCGCUCACGGAUCCCAGCAGAAUUUACCGUUUCCACCCUUCCCGAACGACGACAGCGAAAGGCGUUCUAUCAACUCGGGGCAUUUCGCAUCCCCCGCUCCAGCUCCUGGACAACCUGCUACUCAACGGCUGGCUUCCCUGUUUUCCUUCCAACGCGGUAAGCCCGCACGGCCAUUGGAUGAGCCUCCUCAGCUGGGCAGCCUCAAGCACGGACAAAGCCAGUCAUUCCCUCGUCAGACUGAUGAAUUAGAUGGAACGUCAAAUAGGCGCCGGAUCAGCCUGUCGAAUUGGAACGUUUUCAAUCGCAACUCAGUUGGCCCGGAUACCAUGGACACUUACGCUCCCCCAGCGGGGACGAGGGGCUUCUCAGCUAGAAGUCUGUUACCCUUUGGUGCUCGGGCCAUGACCGGUGUGUUUGAUCGCGAUCAGAGCAGCCCGCGGCCUGCCUCGAUUUCUUCGUCUGAAAUGCCCAGGCCCUCGACAGACAGUGGAUCCCAUCUCUGGCCACCGCCACCAGAACAGCAAGGUUUCCCUCGGUCACGACUCGUCUGGUCACCAGAAAACAACACAUGGUCCAGGAAUCCCUCUCGGCGUCCCUCGAUCGGCGGAUCUCCUUCGGCUCUUAAAACGACCCUCGCUUCAGCGGACGAUGAAAUUCUUGACGAGCAUGACCUACUGAACCCGCAAGUUUCACCGUCCCAGGUAGGAGUGAUCGGAAGCCGACCUAUGAAAAAGUCUCUGAAAACUCUCAAUCCCACCGUGCCCUCCUUCUCCCCCAACUUUAUGGGUAGUAUCUUCAGCAGCAAGGACAAGGCCAAGAGUAAGGAGAAGACAAAAGAGGCAAGAGAUCACGCCAGAGGAGCCUUUGAAGACCCGCCGCCCUCGUCAGGAAACGACUCGGUCGCCGAUCGUUCCGAUUCACGGCUAUCGAUGUCAGUUCGCAGCCGUGCAUCUAUCAGCGAGUCUCACGAUUCCCUGUCUCUCGACCAGUCAUUCUCAAACACCCCAUCGGAGCCAUCAAUGAGCCUCAGGGAGCUGUCGGCUAGCGCUGGCCCGGACAAUGUGGUGCGAAAGCUGUUCCGCAAGGGUUCUGCCAUCUCAUCGCGGCUCGGCGGCUCUAGGAAGGCUGGGCCAGGCUCAAACACGGGCUCAGAGCGGGAGCACCGGCCUAGCUUUGGUGGCAGUGAUGUCGCCGAAAAUAGCUGGGCUGGCAAAGAUGGUACGGGAGAGGAUCUUCUGGGGAAGAGCUUUGAUUCACUCAACUCUAGUCCAUCGAUUGGUACCAACAAGUCCAAAGGUGGCAGGUGGUUCUCCAUGGGCAAGAAGAAGGAGAAGGCAAGCCUGGAAAUUGAGAGGGAGAGAAUUGCCGAUGCUGAGACGCCUACUGCUGAGGAGCAGCCGGCCAUGCAGUUUUCAGCCUAA